AUGCCCAGAUCACGGAGGUCAAAGGUCGUUACCCUUUCACAGACCGAAAAAAAAGGUCAUGAAGGCAAAGCAAUGCUGUAUGGUGGCAUUCAAGAAUCUUUAGACAAGUUUGAAUAUAUGUGGGUAUUCGAUGUCGCUAAUAUGCGUAACACUUACUUGAAGCGUGUCCGCGAUGACUGGAAGGAUAGCCGUAUAUAUAUGGGUAAAACAAAGGUUAUGGGAAAAGCAUUGGGAUACACUGCUGAAGAGGAACAUGCUGAGAAUGUUAGCCAGCUUUCUAAACUCCUUCACGGAACCGUCGGUUUGCUCUUCACCAAUAACAAACCUGAAGAUGUAACUGGUUAUUUUGAGUCCUUUGUCCAAAAUGAUUUCGCUCGUGCUGGUACAGUUGCUCCUUUCACUCAUGUCAUUCCUGCUGGCCCUGUAUACUCUAGAGGUGGACAAAUCCCAGUAGAAGACGAUAUCCCUUUGGCUCAUACCUUGGAGCCCCAAGUACGUCAAAUGGGUAUGCCUACUAUAUUGAAAAAUGGUGUCGUUACUUUGCUUGCCGAUUUCACCCUUUGCACAGAAGGACAAGAGCUUGAUAGCCGUCAAACCCGUCUAUUGAAGUUGUUUGGUAUCACAGCCGCUGAGUUUAAGGUCAAAUUAUUGGGUAUGUAUGCUAAGAAGAACGCUUCUGUACAAGUAUUUGAAAACGAACAAGGUUCUGGUAAUAGCAAAGACAUGGACAUGCAAUAA